GUGCGAGCCUCGGAGGUGGCGCAAGAGGCGGCCCCUGCGGCCGCUGUGGCGCUGUGCCGGAGGCUGAGCAUCCCCUCCCGAGCUGUGUUGAAGCUCCUGCGCGAGCUGGAGACCUUCGAGGCUACCGGAACGAGGCCCCGAGCCACCGGGUCCGAGGCGCUGAGCCGCUUGGAGAGCGCCGAGGCGCGGACGACUUUGGAGAAUUUGGGGGCAGAGAUGGCGUUGGGCUCGCGACGCCUCUCCUGCGAAGAGCUCCACGCUGCCAUCCUGCCGCCUUUCUUCGAAGGACGCGAGCUCCCUUGCAGCCUCCUGCCGGCGGAGCUAGCCCUGGGACCUGCAGUCGAUGAAGCGUCUUUUCCCUCCAACAGACCGGAAGCAGCUGACCAAAAGGUAGAGCAUGGUGGCGAGGGCUGGCAACGGACGCAGAGCUGGAGCGGUACAUCCAGAAGGCGCAGCGAAUGGAACUUGUAG